AAGCUCUUUUCCACGUCAGAGAGAUCCCGAUGACGAGUGCUGACGAGGAUCCCGAGAAAGUCGCCUUCAUCAAGGACUCGCGCCGCAUCUUCCACAUCCAGUGGAAGGACGGCCGGGAAAUGGUGGAGGAAUACGACGCCAAGACGGACGAACUCCUGGGUGGGUAACUCACGCCCACACACGGCCGCAGAGGCAGAGGAUGGCAUUCAUGUGGUGGCGGCGUUUGCUGUGUGCAUCAGUUCGGAAGGUGCGGCAGAAGUCGCGGCUCGGCGCAGAGGGCAAGGUACAGACGACGCCAUUUAAUGGAUGGAUGGAUGGAAGUUCCAUCAUAUCUUUUCUUUGUUGUCUUCGCCCAGUGGGAAUAUGAGAUCGGAAUGCCGCCUUCGGUCAGCCAUUCUCUCUUCAUGGACAGAGAAUGCACUGUCUUCGGUCGGCUGCGUUGCGUGUGGUGCACCAGCGCCCUCCCGCAGAGACUGAGCUACUAGUGCCGUCAUCGAACAACCCCAUAUUCUCAAGGAAGGACACACAGGUAGGUCAAAGGAAGCAAGAAUGAAUCACCAUCGGCUUCUGCGGGUCGGUGCAAGGUGCAGCGGCCUGUUUUGUCUGUCCCUCCCUCCAGGAUUGUUUCCAGUGGCGUAUUCGCAAUUUGUCCUUCCCAUCUGACGUGUUCAGCCUGUCCAUUGACGACGAGACGCAGCAGAUACUGGUCAAGACAUCCAACAAAAAGUGAGGGAGAGAAGGGAAGGAAACUCCCACUUUGACGCGUAGGUGUUUGUCGGUGUGUUGUGCAGGUAUUACAAGAGGAUAAGUGUGCCCGACCUGGCCCGCGUGUCGCUGCCGCUGGACCCAUCGCGCCUCGAGUGGAAGCACAUGCACAACACGCUCAUCAUAUCGGUCGGUACCUUAACGCUUCUGCCCGUUCCCACCCACCACCCCUGUCUGUGUGUGUGUGUGCGUACGUGUGUAUGUGGCAUGUGUAGUAUCGGAAGCCGACUGAGGUGCGCAUGAUGGAGGCGCGGCACCGGCGUGAGGCCAAGGAGAGGACAGUCAAGGUGCCCCCCAUGUUUGAAGAGAUGGCCAAAGCACUCAAGCAGCACUGAGGGAGGGAGGGAGGGAGGUCAGCGUGUCCACCUGUACUGCUGGUAAUAUGGAUGGUUGGGCGACUCCUGUGAGUGCACUCAUGCACGAUUUGCAUCAUUCACGCAAAUACCG